AUGAAUAAGAUUACUGUAACUUAAAAGGGUGUUCAAUUGCAAUAAGAGCUUAAGGAGAAUUUAGGCAAUGUAAUUACUCCUAGAAUUGUAUUAGAAAAAUAAGAAUCUCCUAAAGGAUAUAGAUUAUUAUUGAAUUUAUCUCAAGAUAAUUUAAAAGAUUCGAUUAAACUGUAAAAUACAAACAGAAGUAAUAUGUCUACAUUUAGAACUACAAAAACAACUAGGGCUUCAAGUCUCUAGACUACACGAUCUUGUUUUACAGAAGAAGCGAAUGCACAUUCUCCACGAGUAAGGGAGAUGAGAAACCAGAGUUUAUUAUCUAGGAUUAAAGCAAAAGAAAGAAAGAUUGAAUACAGUGUUAAAUAAAAUUUAUGCAAUUAUACCAACCCAAAUGAGAUGAAUUCCAUUUUAAACAGAAUUAAUAUGAGUACUUUGUCCACAAAAAAUAUAUUAACUAGCAGCUAAAUGGUAAUAGAGCAGUAAAAAUAAAAUCUUAUUGAAAACAUGUAAAGAUAGUAGGAAAGAAUUUAUAAAAAGUAUGUCCUAAAUACAAAUAAAUAAGAACUUCUAUAGAGCAAGCAACAAGAAAAAUAUUAACAAUAAAUGAUUCAAAAAUAAUAAGUUAUAGUUGAAGAUAAAGCUAGAGAUAAAUUUUGGUAAAACUGGCAGAGUAUGCAAAGUGUUUUAAAAUAAAGAACAGCUUAAUUUAAUAUAGAUAAAGAAAGAGGAAUGGAAAGGUUAGAAUAAUUUUGCAAACACAGAUAUUUAAAAUCCUUCCUCAAUCUUCCAAAGUGUGCUAAAAACUAUGAUAAAAAUUAUGAAGAAUACAAAUAAUUAUGA